GUGAUUAUUUAUUUUUGAGUAAAUGGAAAAAAGAAGAGGAAAACAGGCAGUAAAGCAGAGAGAGAUGAAACAGUUAAAGAAGUUUCCAUUGACAAGCAAAGCUUCUUCUUCUUCACAUCACAGAUCCAUCUGAAUAAUCAUCAUCAUCAUCUUCUUCAUUGCUUAUGAUGUCUUCCGUGAAGCAAAAUCAACAACAAUCUUCAUUCCACACUCUCUUCUCUCUUCGUGGUUCACUCCUAACCCUAGCAAUCCUUACUCUUCUUUCAUUCACCUAUCUUUCUCUCAAAUACUCAACCCCUUCAUCUCAGGGGCCAGAAUCAGUUAAUGUGAAGGUGGUAGAUGCAGGAAAAAAUGAGGAGGAAGAUGAUGGUGGUGAUGAAUUUGGCGAUGUGUAUCAUUCGCCACGAGUGUUCAAGUUGAAUUUCGCGGAGAUGGAGAAGAAGUUUAAGGUUUAUAUAUAUCCAGAUGGGGAUUCCAAGACUUUUUAUCAGACACCAAGGAAGCUUACUGGAAAGUAUGCUAGCGAGGGGUAUUUCUUUCAGAAUAUUAGGGAGAGUCGUUUUCGGACUCUUGAUCCUGAUGAGGCUCAUUUGUUUUUCAUUCCUAUUUCGUGUCAUAAGAUGCGUGGAAAGGGCACAUCUUAUGAGAAUAUGACCAUAAUUGUACAAAAUUACGUGGAAAGCUUGAUAUCCAAGUAUCCUUAUUGGAACAGAACCCUGGGUGCUGAUCACUUCUUUGUCACUUGUCAUGAUGUUGGUGUAAGGGCAACAGAAGGACUUCCAUUACUUGUGAAGAAUUCCAUUCGAGCAGUGUGCUCCCCAAGCUAUGAUGUUGGAUUCAUUCCACAUAAAGAUGUUGCUCUCCCUCAAGUGCUGCAGCCAUUUGCUCUUCCAGCUGGGGGGAAUGAUGUAGAAAAUAGGACUAGUCUUGGAUUUUGGGCUGGUCAUCGUAACUCUAAAAUUAGAGUUAUUCUUGCACGUGUAUGGGAAAAUGACACAGAACUUGAUAUUUCAAAUAACCGAAUCAGUAGAGCUACCGGGCAUCUAGUGUACCAGAAAAGAUUUUACAGCACUAAGUUUUGUAUAUGCCCUGGUGGAUCACAGGUUAAUAGUGCUCGAAUAGCAGAUUCUAUCCAUUAUGGAUGCAUACCUGUGAUAUUAUCAAAUUACUAUGACCUUCCUUUUAAUGAUAUUCUUGACUGGAGAAAAUUUGCUGUUGUACUCAAGGAGAGUGAUGUAUACCAGCUUAAACAAAUCCUCAAAAACAAAUCGCAGGAUGAGUUUGUUGCACUUCAUAAUAAUUUAGUAAAGAUUCAGAAACACUUCCAGUGGAAUUCGCCUCCAGUCAGAUAUGAUGCCUUCCAUAUGGUUAUGUAUGACCUCUGGUUACGCCAUCACACAAUCCAAUACUGAUUCUAAGGGCUUGGUUGUUUCUGCGGUAGAUGAAUGUCCAACGCGCAUCAGGAUCAAAACUACAGUUUAUAGCUUCUGGUAAAUCAUGGCCGAUCGGCAUCUGAAUACAAGUUGAGCGUGUGUGGAAGUGAAACCAAACAAAGAUCAAGACUCACUUUUGUUUUGUAUACUCCCUUUACUUCAGUUAUAGUAACCCAGAGAGGCACUGUAAAUAACUACGUUACAGUUUUGUAUGUAACAGCUAGUUUUUCGAUAUUCUUGCAUCUGCAAAGUUUUAUAUUUAGCAUUUCCCUUAUUUAUUUGCUAUGAA